AUGCAUCAAAUUACGCUAUACUCGAUCCUCCUCUUUGCACUCUCCUUUGCUAGGGCAAAGAACAAGAUCAGCCUGCAAUGGGCUAUCUGCGACUCAACUCCGCAGGAGACGCUCGCAAAGCUCGGCCUCGAUGCGACUACGCCACCCUACAAAGAGAAUCCGAUUGCAUACUACGACGAAAGGCCUCCCGUCCACAUAUUCUCGGGCAUGAUGUUUCGAACGAAGACAAAUAAAGGUCAGCCGCUGUCCACUGUCAAAGUCAGCUUCGAUGAAGAAACCGCCAAUGUACCAGACUUUGUAGAAUGCGGAUGGGAUCGCUAUGGCAGAAAUGAACCCACGUACAACUGCGAGAAACGAUGUCCUCUGGAUCCAGCGUCACCGGGGAAAAUCUGGCGAGAGAAGCAGAUUCAAUUCGCGGAAAGGUAUCAACAUGUGAAUUGGAGUGCGCUCGUUGAGUACGGGCCUUACCCGAAUGGCAAGUGGAAGAUACGAAUCAACGGACAUAAGGCCAAGUUCGACGACGUGGUGGUUGGAGGGCUGCAUCUUAUGGAGAUCGAAGCAAGGGUUCCUGAGAAGAAAGCCCAUAAGUUUAUCAGACAGACAUGGAAGUAUCUGAGGGAUCGAGGGGUUACGCUUUGCAACCCACAGGAGGGGAAGACCAUGCGACUAUUUAAAUCGAUGGGAUAUGCAAUAAAUGAGAAAGGGGAGCUUUAG